AUGUCGCUGGUGGAGACGAUCCGGCUGUGGCAAGAAGGGGUGUGUGCAGCAGACAGGAAGGAGUGGAGGGCAGCCCUGGACGCCUUCACAGCUGUCCAGAACCCCCCUGCCAAGAUCUGCUUCAACAUUGGCUGCAUCCACCUUGUUCUGGGGAAGCUGGCUGAGGCGGAGGAGGCCUUCACCCGGAGCAUCGGCUGCGACAAACAUCUGGCAGUGGCUUUUUUCCAGCGAGGGACUGUGUUCUACCGGAGGCAGAACCAUGAAAAGGCCGUUGAGGAUUUCAAAGAGGCACUGGCCCAGCUACGUGGCAACCAGCUCAUCGACUACAAGAUCCUGGGGUUACGCUACAGGCUCUUUGCUUGUGAGAUACUCUACAACAUCGCGUUGGUGUAUGCCACGAUGGAGGACUGGAAGAAAGCUGAAGAGCACUUGACACUGGCCAUGAGCAUGAAGAGCGAGCCCCAGCACAACAAGAUUGACAGGGCAAUGGAAGCCAUCCUGAAGCAGAAGCUCUGCGAGCUGGUGGCCAUUCCUGUGGGGAAGCUGUUCAGACCAAAUGAAAAGCAAGUGGCUCAGCUGGAGAAGAAAGACUACCUGGGAAAGGCUACAGUGGUGGCAUCUGUGGUGGACAAAGAUGAUUUUUCAGGAUUUGCUCCACUACAACCACAGGCCUCUGGUCCUCCACCUAGGCCCAAGACCCCAGAAAUCCUCAGGCCCCCGGAGGGCCAGCCGCACCGCGUCCUGUACGAGUUCAUUCCCGAGACUGCCGAGGAGUUGCAGGUCCUGCCAGGAAACAUUGUCUUUGUCCUGAAGAAAGAGAAAGACAACUGGGCUACGGUGAUGUUCAAUGGAAAGAAAGGGAUUGUCCCCUGCAACUUCCUUGAGCCUGCUGAGCUACAGAACAAGCUGCAUAUCCAGGAAGAAACUCCUCUGGAAGCUGAUAACCCAGAGUCAUCCAGCUCCACCAUUCCAGAGAAGCCGCGGCGGCCAGCACCAGACUACGUUCCUGCUACUGUGGCACAGCUGAGAGAUACAGCAAAGGAGGCUGCAGCAGCCAUCUCCAGCCCCCACAUCCUCAAGGUGCAUUACAAAUACACGGUCGCCCUGCAAGUUGAGACAAGUCUCUCUUACAUGGAACUCCUGGACGUGGUUUGCAAGAAACUGGAGCUCCAGCCCACGCACACGCAGCUGAGGUACAAGCCUCCGGAGGGCCAAGUGCUGGUGACACUGGGGGCAGACAACCUGGAGGCAGCUUGGAGCCAGAGCAAGGACAACUGUCUGACAGUCUGGUGCGACAUCACGGAGGGAGAGGGGUUUUUACUGGACAGCAAACCAGAGGAGUCAUUGCAGGAGGCAACACUGGAGGAGACGGGACCAACUCAAGUUGUAGCGCAGUACAAUUACGAAGCCACUCAACCUGAAGACCUGGAGUUUCAGGCAGGAGACGUGAUACGUGUUUUAUCCAAAGUGAAUGACGACUGGUUAGAAGGCCAGUGCAAUGGGAAGAUAGGCAUCUUCCCUUCUGCUUUUGUUCAAAAGCCUAACCUUAAAGACCUGGAUAUGUGA